AUGUCCUCUCCCCCACCAUCCUACACAACCCUCACCCUCCCCGACAUAUGCCUCUCCCAUAUCCCCGCCUCCUCUCCCACACCUACGCCCGUUAUCCUCAUAACCCUCUACCGCCCCACCUCCCACAACGCCUUCACAGACGCCAUGGCCGCGUCCCUCGUCAGCGCCCUGGACCUGCUCUCCCACGACCCCCGCGUAAAAGCCAUCGUAGUAACUGGGCAUGGCCGCAUCUUCUGCGCUGGCGCUGAUCUAGGCGUAGGCCUUGCAUAUAAACAAGACACGGCGCGCACGCAUCGCGAUGGCGGCGGCAUGGUAGCGUUGGCUGUACACAGGUGUUUGAAACCGGUCAUCGCGGCUGUAAAUGGGAGUGCGGUGGGUGUGGGCGUUACGAUGACGUUGCCAAUGAAUAUUAGGGUUGUGAGCGAGAAGGCGAAGAUUGGGUUUGUGUUUGCGAGGAGGGGGAUUGUUAUGGAGGCUGCGAGUUCGUAUUUUCUGCCCAGGCUGAUUGGGCUUAGCAAAGCGAUGCAUCUUAUUACCGCAGGCAGCGUAUAUCCAGCCACUCAUCCUCUGCUCCGCGAACUCUUUACGGAAAUCGUGCCGGAAGAUCAAGUUCUCCCCAGAGCGUUGGAACUUGCACAGGAUAUAGCGCGGAAUACUAGUGUGGUUAGUACGCAUCUGAUGAAGGAUUUGAUGUGGAGGAAUCCUGGGACUGCGGAGGGCACGCAUUUGCUUGAUUCCAAGAUACUUCUGGAGCUGUUUGAUGGGAGGGAUAAGUUGGAGGGAAUAGAGAGCUUUUUGCAGAAGAGGAGUCCGGAGUUUAAGGGGAAUAUGUUGGAAAAUGCACCAAGUGUUUGGCCUUGGUGGGAACCGAUUGAUAUUAAAGCUCCUGUUUCUGCUGCGGAUGUCAAGUCGAAGCUUUGA